CAAUCUUAACAAAUCCACCAAUUGUUUACUUGCUGACACGCAAACAAAAAAAAGUAAUCACUUUUCACUCAGUCAUGCGAAAGAGGGAGGUGAGCUUUCUGUAACGUUUCAAGCAGGAGAGCGCUGUAAUUAACGAGGUGCACGUGAAGGCAGCACCGCUAUUAGUUGUUUUACGUUCCAAGAUGACGGACCCGACGACGUCUCCGGAGGACCACUGGAAGCAGACCGACGGGGCCUUCAGCGACAGCGGCUUUGACCAUGGCUUCUUUGCUGAAACUACCAGAAAGGGUUCAGUUGUGUCUCGGGCCAACAGCAUCGGCUCAACAAGCGCCUCUUCAGUGCCGAACACAGACGACGAAGACAGCGACUACCGACACGAGACGCCGUACAAGAACUCGUACAAAGAUCGACGGAGACAAGCGCACACGCAGGCCGAGCAGAAGCGCAGGGACGCCAUCAAGAAAGGCUACGAUGACCUCCAGUCCAUAGUCCCCACCUGCCAGCAGCAGUCCGAGUUUGCAGUCGGAGCGCAGAAGAUCAGCAAGGCCACCGUGCUGCAGAAAACAAUCGACUACAUCCAUUUCCUUCACAAAGAAAAGAAGAAGCAGGAGGAGGAAGUUUCUCUACUAAGGAAAGAAGUGAUGGCGCUGAAAAUCAUGAAAACGAACUACGAGCACAUAGUGAAGGCCCACCAGAACAACCCCCAGCAGGGAGAGGAUCAGGUUUCCGACCAGGUCAAGUUCAACAUCUUCCAGAGCAUCAUGGACUCCCUCUUCCAGUCGUUCAGCAACUCGGUCUCAGUGAGCAGCUUCCAGGAGCUCUCCGCCUGCGUCUUCAGCUGGAUCGAGGAGCACUGCAAGCCUCAGACGCUGAGGGAGUUCGUGGUCGGCGUGCUGCGGCAGCUCAACGGUCAGCUCUAUUGAUGGAGGGGAAACCCCUGGACUUUACUCCCCUUAAAUGGACUUUGGGCUUUCUUUGACCUCUCAGGGUGAAGUAGAAAAAAAAAUAAUAAUAACAACACUCAGCCUCAGGCCGCAUCGCAGUAUUUCCGCUCACUCAAACCGAUCAGUGCCUCCCGGGCUGAAGCUGGAUUACCUCCACCUCACGGAGGGGGAUCGCUUAUGAGGGCGACGGCUCUCUGGCCGCGAGCGUGCACACGCACUUCAGCCUCGUGUCAAGAAACGCAUCCGUCUGUAAAUUGAGUGUUUAAAUGUACGUCGUCGUCUGGAGCUCUAAGGAGCUGUAAAUGAAUCCUUACAGAUCGAUCGCAGCUGAUGGAACUAGAGAAGGAGGAUCAAGCGUUUCCUCGCAGCCUUAUUCUGACCCGCAGGGCUCAUCAGCUUCAGUGCACGUUGAGUCAGCCGUAACACACUCAGCAGGGGGGGGGGGGGGGGGGUGAAACCAUUCCACCUUUUUAUUGGGACUAAAGAUGAACGUGCUUUCUCUAGUUGUCACCUCUUGACAUUUCAGUGGCGUUAACGCCGCCAUGGCUGAUGCUUUUCACUUUGCUCGUCAGUGGCUCUUAUGAUCAAUCAUUUGAUCCCAGAGACGUCGACUGUGUGAUGAAUCUCUCGUAAAAGUCUCGGAAAGCGUCGCUGUGGCAGUCGCAGGUUCCCAGGGAGGGAUUUACAGCCGUAAUGACUUAAGAAGCGUAAUUUUUUAAAACUUAAGCUGAUUACCGUGAUGUUUUAUUGAAAUCAGUAAAAUCACACGGCUCAUCUGAUAAGUGACAAAGAGCCACUUUGCUGUUUUUGCCUUAAUUAAAGGGAGAUGUAAAUGGUUUCAGUGUUGUUGUGUAAUGGCCAUCUACUUUACAUCAUGAGCCACAAAGGAAUGUCAACCAGACUGUAAAUUUAAGUUUAGCAAAAAAGGACGAAUCAUGUCUGUAAAAUAUCUUUAAUGAUUAUUGAGGAAGAGAUGAAUGGACACUUCAGCGUUUCAUUAAUUAACUUUUAAUAACGUUAAACACUGAAGACGCAGCACAAAUGAUGAGAAAAACAGGACAACCCUCAGACAUUUUACUUUAGAACAGUAAAAAUAAAUAUCAAUAUGGACUCAAACACGAAUGAACAAAGAAACUCACAGCUAAAAAGACUAAUUUGAUUUCAUCAGAAGUUGGGGAUUUGUUUGGCUUUAAAAGGAAAUUAAAUAAACCAAAGUUGCCUGGCAGGAGACGAGUCUCCUCCAUUGUUCUCAGUCAUGUGACGUGGUGUUAGUGUCUCUGCUUUUUUUUGUUUAAAUCUACUUUCAAUUACAGAGGAAGUUGGUUUUGCAUUCAACUUUUAUUAAAGAUGUACCUUUUAUUCCAGAGAAAAGCCAUAAAUAAAGAACGUGCUGUGGCUCAAA